ACCGAGCAUUUUUUUUUCCAGUGGUCCCCACUAAAAAUUUCCCGGCACGGCCGGCGUCGAACGGCUGGUGUCGCCGCUUGCCGACAUUGCCACGUCAUCCGAUCUUCCCCCUUGUAUGAAUCCCAACCUACCUUUCCCUCCACGCAGAGAUGCGCCAAAAAAGCCGGCAGCCGCUUUCCGAUUCGUUAACCGACAUGAAAAUUCUUCGAUACCCUAAUUAAAAAAUAACCGCUCGACAAAUCCGAAUCCGAUUUCUUCUCCCUCGAAACCCACCGUUUCGGCUCCAGUGAGACACUAAGUUUUUUUUUUUUUUUUUGGAUUUGAUUCGUUUCAUUUCUUUCUUCUUCCCUUGCGUGAUAUUUGAGAUUGGAGGCAUCGGGCGGUGUUUGUGUUCCGAGUGUGCUCUUGUUGCUGUGUUGAGAUGGACGUAACGGAGGUUUCGAUUGUUCAUCACAUCGGGAUGGUGCUUCUGGCACUCUGGAUCAUGGCAUCUAUAGGGUGGUCGCAUACUCUGUUUUACUUCGGGGCUUUGCUCUACCUCUUUGCAGUAAAUCAACAAUAUACGGUGAGAUUGAGGAGGAAGUUGCAGCAUGAAGAACGAAAAUAUGCUAACCAAAGGAGGCUCCUUUCCGAUUCAGAAUCUGUAAGGUGGUUAAACCACGCAGUUGAAAAGAUCUGGCCUAUCUGUAUGGAACAGAUUGCAUCUCAGCAUUUCCUCUUGCCAAUCAUACCUUGGUUCUUGGACAAAUACAAGCCUUGGACUGCUAGUAAGGCAGUUGUUGAGAGCCUUUACCUGGGAAGGAACCCGCCCAUGUUUACAGAGAUAAGAGUUCUUGGCCAGUCAUUUGAUGAUGACCACUUGGUUCUAGAGUUGGGAAUGAGUUUUCUAUCUGCAAAGGAUAUGAGUGCGGUACUUGCUGUGCAGCUAAGGAAAAGUUUAGGGUUAGGAAUGUGGGCAAACAUGCAUGUGACAGGUAUGCAUGUUGAAGGAAAGGUAUUAGUUGGAGUGAAGUUCCUCCGACAAUGGCCAUUUAUUGGACGUAUGCGGGUGUGCUUUGCUGAAGUGCCUUACUUUCAGAUGACUGUAAAACCAAUCUUCAAUCAUGGUAUUGAUGUCACUGAGCUUCCAGGAAUUGCAGGAUGGCUGGAUAAUUUGCUAGCUGUUGCAUUUGAGCAGACUUUAGUCCAGCCUAAUAUGCUUGUUAUUGAUGUGGAAAAAUUUGUUUCAGCUCCAUCAGAAUCCUGGUUUUCAGUCUACGAGAAACCUCCUAUAGCAUAUGUGAAAUUGGAGAUCAUAGAAGCAACUGAUAUGAAACCUUCAGAUCUAAAUGGUCUUUCUGACCCUUAUGUGAAAGGCCAUCUUUAUAAUUAUAGAUUCCGAACAAAGGUUCACAAGAAAACCUUGUCUCCAAAGUGGUUUGAGGAGUUCAAGAUCCCAAUUUCAUCAUGGGAAGUGCCAAAUAUAUUGUAUCUUGAGGUUUGUGAUAAGGACCACAUCUUUGAUGACUUGCUCGGAGAUUGUUCGGUGAACAUCAGCGACUUAAGGGGCGGCCAGAGGCAUGAUAAAUGGCUGGCUUUGAAGAACGUAAAAAAGGGAAAACUGCAUUUGGCCAUCACCAUACAUGAAGAUGAGACUGAAUUAUCCAAACUGAGAGAGGCCACUACUCCUAAUCCAAAUUCAAAGGCACAACACAAUAAUACUGAUUCAUCUUUGGAAGAACAUCAACAAAUGGCUGAUGAAUUUGAGCCCAUCAAUAUAGAAGGGCAAGAAAAAACAGGAUUAUGGGUACACCGCCCUGGGAAAGAUGUCUCUCAAACAUGGGAGCCCAGAAAAGGAAGAUCACGCCGUGUAUCCGAAACGGAGCUGCAGCCACAGUGCAGUGAAGCCCUUGACAGCUUAAUCCCAGAAGGAUCUGGCAGUGAUGAAAAUGUAGAUGGGAAGAAAAUUAGCCGUCGUAGAACAAUAGGGAGGCGGCUCCAAAAACUUGGUUCUUAUUUUCAGAGGAGCCCAAAGAGGCAAAAUUCUAGAGAAGCAAAGGUGGUUAGUUCUGCCCAACCUCCCAACAUCAGGGCAGUUGAGGUGCAGGGAACAGCAGUCAGGAUCAUACUUGAUGAGAGCGUUAUUUCUGAGUCUGGAGAACUGACAGUAGAUGGGCAAAGUAGCAAUUAUGGAAACUUUGAGGUUGACAGUCCAGAGGAGAAGGGUGUCAUGAAGAGGAAAGGCUCAACAAAAUAUAAAUCAGAUGAAGCAUUGGAGAGGGAAGACUCAUCUCGUGUGCUCAUGGAGGACAAAGAAGUGGAUGCUGAGACCGUUCUGGGCUCUGUGAAGAAUGACAACGAGCGAUUUAUGAAAGGUUAGCCUGCUUUAUUAUUUUAAUUACAGUAAGAAAAUCAUUUCUGCUCCAUUUUUGCGCUCAAUGACAAAAUUCUGCCACUGUUUGCUGUGCCCUUCUAUGUAUUUUAUUGUUUACCGUCAUUUCAUGGCUGUAGCUGUAGCAAUAAAAUUGUGUAAACAGAAAUAGUCUUUCAUUGCUGUAUCAAUGAAGUUUUGUAAACAGAAAGAUAAGGUAGGAUGAGUAUUUUUGAACCUUAUUGUUGCAUGGGAUGAAAGAAAAUAGUGUGAAGACAGUCAUAGGAGUAUGAUUAUUAUGUUUUUGUGUUUCUGAACACUUGUAAUUUCAG